GGAAUUAUGCAUCUGCCAACAAGAAAGACGACUAUUGGAAUAUAUCUAGUGUUUGUUAUCCUGGAGCAUAACUGGGGAGCAGUGUCUGGACAGCUCUCCUAUUCCGUCUCUGAGGAGGUAAACGUAGGGACGUCUGUUGGAAAUCUGGCCAAAGAUCUAAACCUUAAUGUACAGGACUUGGAGUCACGUAUGUUUCAGAUUGUUACCGGAUCAAAGAGAAAAUAUUUCGAUGUAAAUUUGAAAUCGGGUUUCCUCUAUGUAAGUGAGAGAAUAAAUAGAGAGGAGCUCUGCGCAAAAGCUACAAAAUGCACACUGAAUAUAGAGGCUGUAGUUAACAAUCCACUGAGACUUUACCGCAUUGAAGUUAAUAUUCUUGAUGUAAAUGAUAAUCACCCCACAUUCAGUGCUAAAUCCCAGACUAUCGACAUAGCGGAGAGCAUAUUGCCGGGAGCUACAUUCCCUGUGCUGUCGGCCUACGAUGCUGAUGUGGGUAAAAAUGGUAUUAACACGUACAAGCUAAAUACUAAUGAAUAUUUUUCUUUAUCGGUGCACAAAGGAGAGAGUGUGUCAGCGGAGUUAGUCCUCCAGAAAGCGUUAGAUCGAGAAAAACAGGCUUUAAUAAAACUCACACUCACCGCUAUAGACGGGGGGACACCACUUAAAUCAGGUACGUCGGAGAUCUUAAUUAAUGUAUUGGACACAAACGAUAAUAUCCCAACCUUUACCAAAACAUUGUAUAAAACGAGUAUUACAGAAAAUGCACCGCCUGGCACUACAGUAGUUAGAGUGAGUGCAACUGACGCUGAUGAGGGGACAAACAAAGAUAUCGUAUAUUUACUCAAUUCGAAAGAUCAGGAUCAUGUGUUGGACAUUUUUGAAAUUGACUCGGAAUCAGGAAUAAUAACAGUUAAAGGAAACAUCGACUUUGAAACAAAUCCUGCCUUUGAAAUUCGUGUGCAGGCUGCUGACAAAGGGCAGCCUCCAUUGACAGUACAGUGUAAAGUAUUAGUGGAGGUGGUGGACCUGAAUGACAAUGCGCCUGACAUCACGGUGACGUCGCUGCUCAGCACCGUGAGGGAGGACGCUGAAAUUGGCACUGCAAUUGCACUCGUUUCAGUCCUUGACAAAGAUGGGGGCAAAAACGGCAAAGUUGACUGUAAAAUAUUGAAUUCAGUUCCCUUUAAAUUAGAGACAAAUUAUAAAAACUAUUAUUCUUUAGUUAUUGGUGCAGCCCUGGAUAGAGAGCUCAUUUCCAGCUAUAAUAUCACUAUCAAAGCUACUGAUGAAGGAAAGCCCCCUCUCUCCAAUACCAACGUGGUUAUUGUUCAGGUAUCUGAUGUAAAUGACAAUGCACCUCGGUUUUCAGAGACUGUAAUUAAUAUGUAUAUGAAAGAAAACAGUCCAGUUGGGACAGUUUUGAAAGCCUUAUCUGCAGCUGAUGCUGACAUUAGUGGAAAUGGCAUAGUAACCUAUUCAUUAAUCAGUGAUAAUACCUUAGUAUCACUGUCUACAAUGAUUAACAUCAACUCGGAGACGGGAGAUAUAGUCAGUUUGCAGUCUUUUAACUUUGAGGAGUUAAAAACGUUUCAGUUUAAAGUUCAGGCCACAGACUCUGGUGUUCCUCCGCUCAGCAGCAACGUGACUGUGAAUGUUUUUAUUCUGGAUGAAAAUGACAAUAAUCCAGCUGUUCUGGCACCCUACUCUGAGCACGGCUCGGUUAACAGUGAGAACAUCCCCUAUUCUGCUGAAGCGGGAUACUUUGUGGCAAAGAUCAGGGCUGUAGAUGCAGACUCUGGAUACAAUGCGCUGCUUUCUUAUCACCUGUCUGAACCAAAAGGGAACAACCUCUUCCGGAUCGGAACCAGCUCUGGGGAAAUCAGGACUAAGAGGAGAAUGAGUGACAAUGACCUGAAAACUCACCCCUUGGUGGUGUUGGUUUCUGAUAACGGAGAACCCUCCCUGUCAGCUACUGUGUCUAUUGAUGUGGUGGUGGUUGAAAGCACAGCUGACAUCCAGACUCAGUUCAGACAUGUUCCUGUGAAGGAGGACAACUUCUCUGAUUUAAACCUGUAUCUGCUGAUCGCCAUUGUGUCGGUGUCAGCGAUCUUUCUGCUGAGCCUCAUCAGUUUAAUAGCUGUCAAAUGUCACAGGACAGACGGCAGUUUCAGCAGGUACAGCGCCCCAAUGAUCACCACCCACCCUGACGGGAGCUGGUCUUACUCUAAAGCUACUCAGCAGUAUGACGUGUGUUUCAGCUCAGACACACUCAAGAGUGACAUGGUGGUUUUCCCCGCGCCAUUUCCGUCUGUAGAUGCGGAGCUGAUCAGUAUUAACGGAGGAGACACUUAUACCAGGACUCAGACUUUACCUAAUAAAGAAAAGGUAAGAAUACUGGCAUACAUUUAA